CUCGCGGACACCUGAGGAAGCGGAGUUACCGGUCUAACCGUGCGACGGGGGGGGGGGGAAGAGAGGGGAGGGGGGGGUGGCGCGUUCGACGACCGCGUGGUGAGACGCGCCGCGGGGGGGGGGGACUUUUGGGCUUUUUUGGGGGGGUUUUUUGCAGCUCGGCAACACGAUUAUGUUGCGCGGUGGCUCCCUGAACAGCUGGUCCGGUUCCACGACUGCGCAGCGGACUUGUGCCGAGAGACCGGUGCUACUUUAGGACCGCGUCUUCCCCAAACGACGAGACCGGGACUGCUCCCGGCUGGAUGUACUGAGACCCGGAACCCGGAGGGAUCUUAUAUCUCAUUUUGGGGAUUAAUCGUCAUUUGAGUUUAAGCGCUUUUGCAGCAGCAGCAGGCAGGCAGGCCUGCCCCUCUCUCUCUCUCCCCCUCUCCCCCCCCCCUCUCUCUCUCUCCCCCUCUCUCCCUCCUCUCCGGGCUAACGUACCUGCGAAUUAAAGCCUCCGGCGCACGUCCAAGUGCCGCACUUCGGCGUACGAGGACUCCCGUCUGCGCAGGAUGUACACAAUUACCCGAGGGCCCAGCAAACUCGUUACCCAGCGGCGGACAGGUCCCACGCAGCAGAUCGACAACAAAAUAAGCGACUUCAAGCACAAGCAGACGUCCUGGUGCAUGCCCGACCUUCCCGCACCAAAGAUCGUUUUCAACCGUGCAAACGGCAAGAAGUACCACCACCCGGCGCCCACGCCGCCGGCGGACAGCGGCUUGGAGGAGACCUUCACUCCCGCACACGAGGACAACGUCAAGUUCAUCUAUGAGGCGUGGCAGGAGGUAGAACAGCAGGCGGAGGAGGGGUCAGGCCAGGGGCCAGAGGGGGCCCAGAGACCAGUGCACUACCAAGAGGCCACCCCCAGCCCACACAUGGACAACUUUGUGCCCAUUGAUUUGGACGAAUGGUGGGCCCAGCGCUUCCUAGCCAACAUAGACAAGCUAUCCUGACUGGCUCGGCCCAGGAUUAGGGGCUGUUUGCCCCCACGGGAGGUGUGAUGGAGGGGCCAGGAGGCUUGAGCUGAAGCAGAGGGGCUCAUCAGGGGAGUGAGACGCCUAGCAGCAUUAGGUGUGGUGGGUCAAACCGCCAUGGCGUGGUGCAAAUGUACGAACAGCGCUGGGACGCUAGCGUAGUUGCCACGGAGAUUCACUUCACUUGAACUGUGACCUUUUAGCCUUUUUAAAACUACUGCAAAUCCAACACCCACCGCCCUGCCUACGCCAGACAGCACACUGGAAGAUGAAGUCGCGACGAUGCGGCUUCAUUAAUUAGUCCCCUGAGAAUGAGGAAGUGAUGUCAGAAGAAACUUUGACAUGCAGUAAAAUGGUAUUUU